CUUUUUCUCGUCUCUAGCUCCACUGUUAUCAACAUGACCGGUGAGCAGAAGGGCACGGUUCUGGUAACCGGUGGUGCCGGAUACAUCGGUUCCCACACGGUCGUAUCACUGCUCGAGGCCGGCUACGGUGUAGUCGCACUGGACAACUUUACCAAUUCCGUCAACUCCGUCAAGAAUGAAUCGGUCGCACUGCAGCGCGUCGAAGAGAUUACCGGCAAGAAGGUACACUUUUACCGUUGCGAUCUACUAGACAAGGACGCAGUCGAACGCAUCUUCAAGGCACACAGUAUCGAUUCGGUUAUUCACUUUGCCGCACUAAAAGCGGUCGGCGAAUCGAUGACCAAUCCAUUGCUGUACUACAAGAACAAUAUGAUAGGCAUGAUCAACCUGCUCGAGGUGAUGGACAGUCUCGGUAUCUACAAGAUGGUCUUCUCGAGCUCGUGCACGGUGUACGGUGAGCCGGAACGAUUGCCCAUUACCGAGGAAAAUCCUACCGGCAACGUGACGAACGUGUACGGCCGAACGAAGUACUUUAUCGAGGAGAUGCUGAAGGAUGCGGUGUGUGCCGAUCCGAAGUGGAACAUUAUCGCGCUGCGCUACUUUAAUCCGGUUGGUGCACAUAAAUCCGGUCGCAUCGGGGAAGACCCGACGAAGCAGUUUACCAACCUGAUGCCGUACAUCAGCCAGGUAGCGAUCGGCAAGAAGGACGUGCUGACCAUCUUCGGGAACGAUUACGACACACCGGAUGGGACGGGAGUGCGGGAUUAUGUACACGUUAUGGAUUUAGCCACCGGGCAUGUGGCUGCGUUGCACAAGCUGGAUAAGGAACACCUCGGAUUAAAGAUGUACAAUCUCGGUACGGGGAAAGGAAUUUCCGUAAUGGAGUUGAUACAUACCUUCGAACGCGUGAACAAGGUCAAAAUUCCGUACGUUAUUCAGGAACGGCGUGCUGGCGAUAUAUCGUCCAUGUACGCUAAUGCAACGCUUGCCGAACAAGAGCUCGGAUGGAAAGCGGUUCAUAGCGUCGAUGAGAUGUGUGAAGACUUUUGGCGAUGGCAAACGAUGAACCCGAACGGUUACAAAACGGAGCAAGCUAAUGGUCACCAUUAGCGGAAACGCCUUUGCGCGUAGAUUGGUGCUGCUAUGAUGGUACAUUUUAUCAUAUUUAUUCAAAUGCAACGCGUCCGUCCGUUUUCCCGUC